GACUUCGAGCAACUUGCUGUUGAGCUGCAGGCACACUGCUAUCGACAUGACCCGGAGCAGACAAAAAGAUUGCUUACCUAUGAGCUAAAAACCUUUUCCAAAAACACUUGCCUCAGCCUAGCCUAUAUGUGCGGAUCAAAAGUAUUUCUCAGCCACGCUUGCACACAAUCCAUACUCAAUGACCUUUGGUACGGUGGCCUACGUGAAGGGAAGUGGGUUGGUGGCAAGGUGGCCCUUAUCUUAAUGGGGCUUGCAUUGCCACCCCUUUACCCACUUAUCGGUUAUCUUUUUUCUGCGCAGAGUAAAUUUCUCGAAUUUAAAACAAAGGAGGAACUGGCCAGGCAACCACAAACAUUAGAGGAGUAUCUGGAUGAAAUGGAGGAAUCAUCUUCAUCAUCUGAUUCUUCUUCAUGCUCGAGCUUUUCAUCCGGCUCUUGUUCAUCAGAUUCGUCAAGCGGCGAUGGUUCCUUAAUGUGA